AUGGCCGACGAUGAGCACGUCGUUGAGAAAGCUGAGCCACGCUCGGCACUCCGACGCACCCUCGACUUCAUCUGGUUCCUGAUCAAAGACCAAUGGUUUCUGAUCGGCAUCGCCUGCGUCACAAUCAUCGCGUCGCAAAUCCAGGUGCCGCUCGAGCAGCAGAAUGUCAAGCAGGUCGUGGUAUCAUAUCUGUCCGUCUCGCUCGUCUUCUUCGUCGCCGGCUGCACAAUCGACACACGCAUCCUCAUCGACAACUACGCGAAGUGGAAGCACCAUCUGUUCAUCCAGAUCCAAUGCUUCCUCAUGGUGUCCGCGCUGGCGUACGCAGUAGUGCGGCUCGCAGCCAUCAACCACUCGUUCAUGGACCCCUGGCUGCUGAUCGGCAUGAUCUUCAACGGCUGCCAGCCCACGGCCAUGGCAUCCAAUGUGCUCUUCACGCGGCAGUCGCACGGCGCCACCGUCUUGACCGUCGUCGAAACCACGAUUGGGAAUCUGAUCGGGCCGUUCCUCACUCCCGUCCUGAUACGCAUGUAUCUUCUGCCCAACUCGUGGUUCAGCGCCGUCAUCCCCCAGCAAGGCGGCGGCUACGAAGCCCUGUACCGCCGCGUCUUCAUGCAGUUCGGCUUGUCCAUCUACCUGCCGAUGGCCAUCGGCCAAGCGGUGCGCCACUUCUUCCCCAAGACCGUGCACAAGGUGUUCGUGCAGUGGAAGUUCUCCAAGAUCGGCUCCCUCUGCAUGUUGACGCUGCUGUGGCAGACGUUUGACCGCGCCUUCGCCACCAACGCCUUCGCCGAUGUGAAGCAGUCGAACCUCGUCUUCAUCGUGUUCAUCACCAUCGUCAACUGGUCCGUCUGGCUGCUCAUCUGUUUCUUGCUGUCUAUCACCUGGCUGGACCGUAAAGAGACGGUCGCGGUCGCCAUGUGUGUGCCCGCCAAGACGCUGGCGCUCGGCAUGCCUCUGAGUUUCCUCAUGUUUGAGGGCAUCUCGCAGCUGGAGGAGGCGAAAAUUCAGGUGCCCAUGUUGAUCUUUCAGGUCGAGAUGUUGGGGUUGGCGAGUAUUUCGACGUUGUUCUUUAGGCGUUGGGUCGAUGCGGGAGAGAGGCGCAAGGAGAUGGCGGCGCCGGACGAGAGGGAUGGUGGCGGUGCGGAGGUGAGUAGCGAUCCGAAGCAAGGUACCGCGAAGGCCAGCGAGCAGGAUAUACCAGUGUGA